AUGGUUGACGGAAAGGAGUUGACCGGAAAGUUGUUGCCGGCUGAUGAAGCCCGACAGAGGUACGAGGCGAUUGUGCGGAAGAACCGCGACCCUGCACUGUUGGAAUGGAUGGGCUGCGGGAUGUUCCAAACCAGCGUGUUUCCGAUUCCCGCCGGUGAAUCGCGUACGGUGACGCUGAGCUAUUCUCAAGUCUGCCCCAGCAGCGAUGGGCUGACUGAUCUGCUUUUCCCACUGAGCACCGCCAAAUACACAUCACAGCCGAUCAAGAAACUGAACAUCGAAGUGGCGAUCAACAGCUCUGCCCCGCUGAAGAACAUCUACAGCCCCACGCAUGCCAUUGAGAUCAAACGCCCCUCGAAUGAGUCGGCCGUCGCUACUUACAGUGCCGAGAAGGUGAUUCCGGCGAACGACUUUCGCUUGUUUUACGACGUGGGUGGGGGCGCCGUGGGAACCAGCCUGCUGAGUUACCGUCCCACGGACAAAGAGCCGGGCUACUUCAUGUUGUUGGCCAGCCCCGAGAUCAAGGCCGAGUCGGUUGAACGGGUUCCCAAGACGGUAGUGUUCGUGCUCGACCACUCGGGAAGCAUGAGUGGGGAGAAGAUCGAACAGGCCCGGGAGGCCUUGAAGUUCGUGCUGAACAAUCUCCGCGAGGGCGAUCUGUUCAACAUCGUGGCUUACGAAACCGACGUGAAAACCUUCCGCCCCGAGUUACAGCGUUUCGAUGAAACAACGCGGGCCAUGGCCCUGGGUUUCGUCGAGGGAAUUCACGCGGGCGGUAGCACGAACAUCGACGGGGCACUCACCACGGCCCUGGGGCAAUUGAAGGAUCCCGAUCGCCCAAGUUACGUGCUGUUUCUCACCGACGGGCUGCCGACGGCGGGUGAAGUGAAUGAGGCGAAAAUCGUCGAUCACACCCGCAGCACAAACGAAGUACGCGCCCGCAUCUUCGCGUUUGGACUGGGCUUCGAUGUAAACAGUCGGCUGCUCGACAAGCUGGUCCGACAGAACUACGGCCAAAGUGAGUACGUGCGGCCGGAUGAAGACAUCGAAGAUCGGGUGAGUCAACUCUAUCGCAGCAUCGAGUCACCCGUGUUAAGCAACGUGCAGAUCACCUUCGAGUUCGACGGGCUCAAGCCAGAAGAGGGCGACCCGAUUUCGCAGAUGUACCCUCGCGAGGUCUACGACAUGUUCGAGGGCCAACAGAUGGUCAUCGUGGGGCGUUAUCGCAAGGCGGGAACGGUGAAGAUUCACAUCUCCGGCGACGUGGCGGGAAAAGAACAGAGCUUCGAAUUCACGGCUGAGUUAACGGACAAAAGCCCCGACCAGAGCCUGGCUUUCGUUGAGAAGCUGUGGGCCUCCCGGCGGAUCGGUGAGAUCAUCGACGAGUUGGAUCUCAAAGGGCACAACGAUGAACUCGUUGAGGAGUUGGUCGCCCUGUCGACCAAGCACGGGAUUCUGACGCCGUACACGUCGUUCUUGGCCGACGAGACCGUCGAUAUUCGAGAUCAAACCGCCAAUGCCGCCACUACGACCGAGAACCUAGAGAUGCUGCAAGAUACCGACGGGGCUUCAGCCUUCUUCCAGCGCGAGGCGAAAGCUAAUUUGCAAGUCGGACUUCAGGUGCAAGAGCCCGCGACGAGGGGAUUCGAUGGGUCAGGAGGAUUUGAAGAGGCGGAAGUCCCGGUGGAGAACGUUCGCAACCUGGGCAGUAAGUCGUUCUAUCGACGCAACAACCAGUGGGUGGAUGCGGCCGUGGAUGAAGCUGCCGAGCAGAACGCCAUCCCGGUUUUGCAGUUCAGCGAUGAGUACUUCGAACUGGCCUCCCAGCAUGGGGGGCAGCUAGCCCGCUAUCUCGUGUUCGAUGAACCGGUGGUCGUCGAUCUGGCCGGUCAGGCGUACCGGAUCGAUCCACCCGAGGUUUCGAACAUGGGCAAAAAAGACAAAGACAAGUCGGGCGACGAAUCUGCGCCCAAAAAAUCGAAAUCCACCGCCGAUCCGGGUGCGUUCGAGUCGCUUGGUAAACGGAUCGACGAUAUCCCGACCGUGCAGUCGGCCGAAGAGAUGGUUCGCAAGGCUCAGGCCGAAUUGGCCAAGGCCCAGAGCUAUUACAAACAGGUUCGCACCGAAGCCACCGAGCAACUGCACGACCUGCGGCACGCCAGUGCGGGCGAGUUGACUCAAGCGGCUCUGCGUUAUGAACGUUUCGUUUGGAAGGAAUCCACCGUGGAAUUGCCCAAGGCCUCUCGCCGCGAUGUCGAAAAACGCAAGCAAGAGUUGCGCGCGGAGAUCGCACGAAGCCGGCGGAAAAUUAAUCACGGGCUGUUCGCACUGAAGGAAGAGAAGAACCAGCUCACCUCGUGGAAAACCUACGUGCGACGCUUUCCCGCGGGUGCGGUUGCGGGGGCCUUCGUGGUUGGGCUGGUGCUCUCGCGUGGGAUUCCGAUCAAGCUAAUCACCACCACGUUUACAAACAACUUCGCUCGGGGCCUGAGUGUGUGGGCCGUGCGAAUGGUGAAACAGCGAGCCCUGCAAGAGCUCAACAUGGCAACCAACCGACUCGACGAACCCCUGUUCUCUCCGCUGAAGCGGCAAAUGGCCGGCAUCUCUGCCGAAGCCAAAGCCAUGCUUGCUGCGCGGGCCGAACUGCUGGGUCUCGAACUGUCGGCUGCCCGAUCGAGUGUCGUUCGCCUGGUGGUGGCUGUUCUGUUGGGAUGCCUCAUCCUGCUGGUGGCUUUACCCAUGGCAACGGUGGCUUUUUCGCAGCAGCUCGCGCGGUGGUUUUCGCUCGAUCCGCUGGCGGUGCUGUGGGUGUUCACGCUGUUGAUGUUCGUCGGGGGCGCGGGACUGAUUUACGGUAGUUGGCGCCGCUUCCGCCGGGAGUUCCACGGGGUGGAAGAUUCGAUAGCCGAAUUGCGUGAAGACCUGAUGUGGAUGCAGGAAUGGUUAGGCACGCAGAACGGGGAGGGAGACGCUGCAGCCGAGACCAAAGCUGGUCCUGGGAAUACUAUGGCGAUUGUCAUCACCGGUGCUAGCGGCCAACUGGGAUCGGAAUUGGGGCGGCAACUGGGCACCGAGGCGAUUGGACUGACGAGGAAGCAGUUGAACAUUGCCGACGCCAGUGAGGUCACGCGUGUGUUGAAAGAGCUGCGCCCGGAAGUGGUGCUCAAUACGGCCGCGUACACCCAGGUUGAUAAGGCGGAAGAAGAUACCGAACAGUGCCGGAAGGUGAACGUCGAAGCGGUGGGCAACCUGGCUCGGGCCUGUGAGCGGCUGGGGAGCACUCUGGUGCACAUCAGCUCAGACUAUGUAUUCGACGGCUAUCACAACCACAAAGCACCGUGGACUGAAGAGGACCUGCCUCGCCCCACGGGAGCCUAUGCCCUGUCGAAGUUCGACGGCGAAACCGCGGCCGCGCGUUGCAAGCGGCACUUCAUUGUGCGGACCUGUGGGCUCUAUGGCAGGGUUAACCCGCCGGGAGAGGCCAAGAACUUUGUGGAGACGAUGCUGCGGUUGGGGCAAUCACGAGAUCACUUACGGGUGGUCAACGAUCAACACUGCACGCCUAGCUCGACCGUGGAUGUAGCUCGCGCGAUCGUGUUCUUGAUGCGGAGCGAGGCCUACGGGCUCUACCAUGUGACCAACGCCGGUGAGACGACCUGGUUCGAUCUGGCGAAGGAGAUAUUCCGCUUGAGCGACAUCUCCGUCGAAGUCGAAGCAAUCACCAGCGAACAGUUCGGAGCCCCCGCACCAAGGCCCUGUUACAGUGUGCUGAGCACCGAAAAGUAUCGUGCGCUGGGCGGCCCCGACUUGCCCGAUUGGCAAACGGCCCUGAAGACGUACCUCGAGUGUCGUGGGUAG